UACAAUUUUAGGAUUGUUUAUUAUUAUUUUUUUUUCACAGAACUGAUUUAAUAAACUUUUUAAAAAUAAAUCUUGAACAGAACUGUAAAACUGUUCUAAACAUGCUUAUGAUAAUGGUACUUCAAUGUCAAGAGGAAUAGGUAUUCAAAUAAAUUAUAUGAGUAUUCAACUUUUAAGAAAUAUUGUAUAAUAAUUUAUUCACUAAAGACUACAAUAAGGGCCACUUUACACAAGACGGUUUCGUCCUUACGGAUUUUAUUUGGCAUUAAAUAAAUAAAACUAAUUGCGGCUUUCACACGAGACGAUGGACAAAUUUUUUCAGUAUGAUUUUUCAGUCAUUAUCACGGCGAUCUAAAUCAGACAAAACCGUUUUAGAUGAAAUGGCCCUAAAGGUGUCAAAUAAAAAAAUUGCUAUUCACACAAAGCGGAUACACAUUCAUCUUUAUGCUUUGAAAUGGAAUCAUUAUACGGUUUACCUUUCAAAGUUCUCGAAGUCCCAAAUUUACGUUUGAAACGACCGUCAUGGUUAAAGAAACCAUCUGCCAUGUUCAUGUAUGUGAUUGUAACAAUUUCAUAUUUUUUGGUGACUGGAGGCAUCAUAUAUGAUGUCAUCAUAGAACCACCUAGUGUAGGCUCAACUACAGAUGAAAAAGGACAUUCAAAACCAGUGGCAUUUAUGCCUUACAGAGUUAAUGGACAAUACAUCAUGGAAGGUUUAGCAUCAAGUUUUUUAUUCAACAUCGGUGGUUUAGGAUUCGUUAUAUUGGAUUUAACAAAUAAUAAAUCAACUCCAAAAUUGAACCGUACUCUUCUGACUGGUGUUGGAUUUGCGUGCAUUAUUGUAUCAUAUUUUACAUGUUGGACAUUUAUGAGGAUGAAACUUCCGGGAUACUUGAAGUCAUAAGAAACAAAAACAUUGAACAAAACACAUCUUUUUUAUUUUACAUGUUUUCAUAAGCCAAUCAAUAUUGUCAAUUUAUUUGAAUUGAGUUAUAAUAAAUAAAUAAUAAUUUAAAAAAGAAAAAAAA